UAGACAUCCGUGCAAUGCACAAAAUGCUAUCUCUGACACGUGAAGUCAGAAAAACUUAUCUCGUUUUGCCACUUGUCACUCAUUCACGGCAUCAAAAGCCACUUGUGAAAAACUUUCAAACUUUCUCUCAAUGGGCCGUCACAACCAUUCGCCAUGCCUAAUUGUUGAAAGUAAAACCUAGGACAGGGGAAUCGCUAUAAAACGGGAGUUGUUACAACGCUCUGUUUCGUCCCUUCCGUUUUAUUCGAAGAAGCUCGAUUACAUCUCUCUCAACUCUGUUCGUUUUCAAGUAGGAGACUCAAAAUCGUGAAAUCAAUGGCCGAAUCGGAUCCCAAGCAGUCAACAGAGACUAUCGAAGAAAAUAAGAAGCAACUCAAGUAUCUAGAUUUCGUUCUACUGGCGAUGGUAUAUGUAGUUGUAUUCUUAUCUAGCAUCUACAAGUACGCCAAGGAAAACUCCGGUCCACUUAAGCCAGUGGUCCAAGCCAUCGGAGGAACUGCCAAGACCGUCAUUGGCCCCAUUUACGACAAAUUCCAUGAUGUUCCGUUCGAACUCCUAAAGUUUGUCGAUCGAAAGGUAGACGAGUCCUUGAGUGAGUUGGACCGUCACAUGCCGUCUCUCGUAAAGCAGGCUUCCAGCCAGGUUCGAGCCAUGGCUUAUGAAAUCCAACGAGCCGGCGUUUUCGACACGGCUAAGACCAUCACGAGGACCGUUUUCACCAACUACGAACCGACGGCUAAGGAGUUGUAUUGCAAAAACGAGCCGGUAGCGGGACAGUACGCUGUUUCGGCUUGGCAUUCGCUUAACCGUCUCCCGCUUUUCCCUCAUGUGGCUCAGAUUGUGGUUUCCACGGCAGCUUACUGGUCGGAGAAGUACAAUCAAGCUGUUAUUUACUCUAGGGAGAAAGGAUAUGCAGUGACGUCGAACAUUCCGUUGAUUCCGAUUGAUAGAAUCGCAAAAGUUUUCGAAGAGAGUGGAAGAGCCCCUGCCAUUUCGACUAAUGGGGGAUCAGUUCUGACGCAGUGAAAUAAGGGGGGUUUGGUUGGGUUUUUGGGAUUUGCAUUUUUGGGUUAAUUAUUUAUUACUAAUAAAAAAAUCGUCUCCAGAAAAUGGAGACAUGGACUCCAUCGUGGGACUUCAGCCUUCUUUGUUUUUCUCUUAUUUUUGGGUUAUUUUAUUUUAUUUUAUUUUGUGAUCAUUUAAA